UCCGUGUUUCCGCAGAUUGCCUGGGGACUCCCAUCGUCUACUCGCCGGUCAAAGCAGACCUGACUGGAAAUAUCAAGAAAAUCCGGGCGGUUUACGACUCCAACCCCGCGAAGUUCAAAACGCUGCAGAACAUCCUGGAGGUGGAGAAGGAGAUGCACGGCUCGGCCUGGCCCAAGACGGGUGCGACGCUGGCGCUGAUGUGGUUGAAAAGGGGCCUGAAGUUCAUGCUGGUUCUGCUGCAGAGCAUCUCUGACGGUGAGCGUGACGAGGAGCAUCCGAACCUCAUCCGAGUGAACGCCAUGAAGGCUUAUGAGAUCGCGCUGAAGAAAUACCAUGGCUGGAUGCUGCAGAAGCUCUUCACGGGCUCGGACUAUUCCGUACAAAUCGGAUUUGCUGAAGGCGUUAGAGAAGGGUAAAGAAGUCAAAGAGGAGGAAAGCAUAGAGAAGAUUCAUCAGUUUCUCUCGAGGGUCACCCCCAUCCUGGAUGCAAUUUAUGAGAUGUACGCAAAGAUGAACGCCGAGCUGAGCUACAAAGCCUAAGGCUCGCACGGGACUGGCAGGGCUUAAAUAAGGUGUGACGGGUGCUACCUGUGUCUUAAUCACUGAGGCAGCUGGGGCGGCUGCCGGCUGUCAGGUGACUUUGAUUCUCAUCUGGAUCUGCAGUGGAUAACCUGUUUUCUUAAAAAAAAAGAAAAUGAAUUUUCUAUU